AUGGCCUUGAGUCGUCAACAACUUCUUUCUACUUUUGUCCCUGGCAUCAAUCUUUACCCUGGGUCAUCUCCUGCUUCGGUAAUCUUCAGAGACACUCUUUACAUAUUUUAUGCCGGUUCUGGUUCUGAUGGCUUGUGGUAUACAUCCACCACCGAUGGAGUCACCUGGGCAUCCAUCAUCAACGUGAACAAGAAAGGUGCAGGAGCCCUCAACAUAGCCCAGGGAACAUCUCCCGCGGCUGUUGUCUUCCGUGACGCCCUAUAUCUCUUUUACAACGAUGCUGGAGGUGUCGUCACGUACUUUACCAAGUUUGAUGGAUCCAACUGGUCUGCUGUUGCAAAGACAGACAUCACCAACUCAAGCUACCGAUAUGUACCAAAAACAUCACCAAGCGCCGCCGUGUACAGAGAUACGCUGUAUAAUUUCUAUUGUGCGAGCGGCGGAAGUGAGAUAUUUAUCCAUUGGAAUUCGUUCAACGGAGUCAAAUGGAACAGCUCCAACUGGGGCACCGGCACCUUUGUGGGUGGUACACAGCUUCGAGGCGUUUUUGCGGCUCCUGCAACAAGUCCCAAUGCUGUUGUGUUCAACAAUGCCUUGUACUGCUUCUUCAAUGGAGCUGGCAACGACGGAACCUGGUACGCGAAGCUUACGGGGGAUUCCUUUGCGACGCCUGUGUCCGUGUCAAAUUUGAACAAGGGAAUAACGUUUCGGCCUCAGACAAGUCCCAGCCCAUUGGUACUACUCGACGGUUAUGUGAUGCGCCUAUAUUGGGUUGAUAACGCUAGCCAAACAAUGUGGUACUCGGAUUAUCGCACCGACGGCGACAACUGGAGUCCACAGAAGAAACUCAAUUGUGAUGGUGGCAUUCCCAAUCUAGCUGCAAACACAAGCAUCACUGCUGUCCAGUUCCUGAAGAAGCCUUUUAUAUUCUGGAGUUCUGGCUCAGGAAUUAACUUCUGCCCCAGUUUUGUAUGGGAGAUCAAUACCAGUACCUGGGUCCGGCCUGCUCAUCUCUUGCAAGAUUCGGAUUGUUUUACUGUCAGUACCAGUGACAGUACGUUGGUUACGCUUCUGCGUACAAAGCUUGGGAAUGGCACGACAACUGGGGAGAUUCCCUUUAACUAUCCUCGACCUGGUACUGUGGUAUCCGAUUUUGUCAAAAGCGUGUACAGCAACAUUGAUGUAACUGACCCGACAUUGGCUACCAAGAUAUUGAUCACAACAACAUUGGUUGCUAAUGGAUUUCUGCUGCCUUAUCUAGUUUUCCUCCAGCUUCAGCAGCAGGGAGCAAUCUUGCGAUUCUACCGUGUUAGACAGUAG